AGUUGUACAGUAAAGAUGGCCGACUCGUAUCGUGAUUUGCGGCAUAAGUUGCAGUCACCGGACUAUCGCUCUGUGGAAUAUGGCAGGAGAAGAAGAGAAUCUGAUUCUAGGCGUAAACACCAUGAUUCAGAAAAAUAUCAAUCAUCUCGGCACAGACACGAUAAAACCGAAAUUCCACGACAGGAGGAAUUGCGUAAAGUAAAUGCUGGCAUCCAGCAACGUAGCUUGUUUUCGUCGGAGGAAUGCAAAGCUAUAGAGGGGAAAAUAGACUCUGUUGUGAAACAUGCCAGGCUUGGUGAUUACAAAGCCCAUACGGUUGAUAGAGCACCAUUAAGAAAUAAAUAUUUCUUCGGGGAGGGAUAUACAUAUGGGUCACAACUUGCCAAAAAGGGUCCUGGGAUGGAAAGAUUGUACCCAAAGGGCGAAGUAGACGAAAUCCCUGAUUGGAUUCUAAAACUGGUCGCUAAACCAAUUUAUGACGCCAAAAUAAUACCUAAUGGUUUUUUCAAUAGUGCAGUCAUUAAUGACUACUUACCUGGAGGAUGCAUUGUCUCCCACAUUGACCCUCCACACAUUUUUGACAGACCGAUUGUGUCCGUCUCGUUUUUCAGCGACAGUGUUCUCAGCUUCGGAUGCAGGUUUUCAUUUCGCCCAAUACGUGUUUCCAAGCCGGUGUUAUGUCUACCUGUGAAAAAGGGCCAUGUCACUCUUAUUAGUGAGUAUGCAGCUGAUCACAUAACACAUUGUAUCCGGCCACAAGAUAUUGUUGAGAGAAGAGCUGUUAUAAUUUUAAGGCGAGUUUUUCCUGAUGCACCACGCCUGGAACCGGCAAGCUCAGUGGAACGGCCGCUCUCUCGCAAACGUCGUAGAGAGUCUACAUCAUCAUCUGCCUCUACUUCGGAAGCAGAGUCUCCAAGUGGCUCGGAGGAAUUGCAAGAAAACAACACAAAGGAAAAUGAGGAAGGGGAGAAGAAAUCUCCAACACAAACCUACUAUCAUAGGGCAACAAAGAACUCGACUCGAGUGUACAGACAUCAUCACUUCAGCAAUAGCGAGAGCGAGCAUUCAGACACAGAAAAUGGGGACAAUAAGUCUCCUGUUAAGAAAUCUAAGCAUAAGCAUAAGGUGAAGAAGAAGAAAAGUCGUCGAGAGGUGAAGACGUCAAAACGAAGCAAGAGAUCAUGAACAGCGGAAUAGAAAUGCCUUGAUAUGUACAGAGUGAUGAUAUUUACUGAUAUGAAGAGCUAAGGUUUAUUUGCGAUGUGCCAAUGAUAAGGGAUGCAAAGUUUUAUGAAUAUUACCCGGACAAAGAUUAAUUUGAAAUAUGACUGCAUAUUAUAUUAACAUUAAAACAUAAAUCCAUGUAUUUUAGUAUCUACAUUGUAAAACAUUUGAUACAAAAAUUCUUUUGGUAAAAUAUUUUGUUCUGUUUUUAUGGCUUGGUGCUGGUAGGGUAAAUGUAAUGUUGGACUGUUAAUUGUUGUAUUUGGAAGAAUGACACACUAACUUAGAGUAGUAUUCUUGUUUUCAUUCCUUUUGUGACAUAACAAAAGUGUAGUCACAACUUAAUGAUGUUAAUUCCAUUAACAGGUCAAAUGUACUUGAUCUCAAAUAGGCCAGUGAUAAGUUUAAAAUUGUACAUGGUAAAUUCUUAUUAUAUUGAUUUUACUGUUUCUUUUAAUAAGUAUAGGAAAGGAAACAAAUCCACAAGUUAAAGUUCCUUCACUGUGUAACUUAGACUCGGUAACUUGAUGUUUACAUUGUCUUAAUUAUAAGGGCAAUUGAGAUAUCUCUUUUCUUUGAAUUUCUUGAAAAAAAUCUGUUUGUAAAGUAGUAAAAUAGUACUGUACUUUUCAACAUUACAAAUAAAUUACUCGUAUGUUACCUCUGUUCACAUACCACCUUUUUAAAAAUGUGUAAAUGAUGUGGAUGUCUGGUAACAAUUCCCAAUGGCAUGUUUUAGGAACUCUCCUGUAAAAAACCCUUAUAAAAGUUAUACCAGUUCCUGUUUAAUUCAGCUCCGCAUUAUCUAAUUUAGUUGCAGAGGGAAUAGGGUGUUUUGCUUUUAGAAAUUUACAUGUGUUCACCCCUUGUCAUUGUUCUGUCUACAUCAUUUCCUGACUAAUGAUCAUGAAACUUCAAACACGUGUUAGGUAUGAUAAUGCCUCAAACAUGUCAAUGUUUCAGGGUGUUGAGGUCAGGGUCACUUGCUUUUUAUACGCCCGUCGAAGACGGGGACGUAUUAUGUUAUCACGUGAGUGGGCGG